CCUGACUACCGUGAUGCUAUUCGCACAGAGGGCAUGGUCAAAGACCUUGUGGCCAACUUACGAGUUCCAAACGAUGAACUUCAAAUGCACUGCGCUGCUACGAUCUUUAAGUGCGCUGUUGAUCAGGAAACCCGUGAGCUAGUUCGCCAGUAUGGCGGGCUACUGCCAUUAACUGAUCUGUUAUCUGCCAAUGAAAACAAGGAACUUCAGGCCGCAGCUACUGGGGCUAUUUGGAAGUGUGCUGUCUCUCCAGAGAAUGUGAAGGAACUUCAGAAGGGUGGUGUCAUUUCAAAACUGGUAGCUAUACUUACGCAGCAACCGGAAGAGGUGCUUGUUAACGUUGUUGGAGCCCUGGGCGAAAUGGCAAAAAACACCGAUAAUGUUGCCCUCAUCAGGAGGGUCAACGGUAUAGCUCCCUUGAUUGCCCUUCUCACGGGCACGAACCAAGAACUUUUAGUCAAUACAACCCUCGCUAUAGGCCGCAUUGCUGAAGACCCAGGAAGCAUGCCUGUUAUCGAGAGAAACGACGGCGUCCGCCUGUUGUGGUCCCUUCUGAAGUUCAAUCAUCCAAGUGUGCAAGCAAGUGCCGCCUGGGCUCUUUGCCCGUGCAUUCAAAAUGCGCAGGCUUCUGCUUUGUCUAACGAGCAGGACAGCGGUGAAAUGGUGCGUUCAUUUGUGGGCGGGCUCGAACUGGUGGUCAGUCUACUGCAUUCUCAUUCAAUGGAAGUGCGUGCGGCCAUUUGUGGCGUUAUCUCCAAGAUUGCCAUGGACGAAGAGAAUCUGGCUGUCAUCACGGACCAUGGUGUAGUGCCACUCAUUUCUAAGCUUUCAUUUACGAGGGAUGAUUCGUUGCGCCGGCCACUUGCAGAAGCGGUUGCCAGAUGCUGCUGCUGGGCCACAAACCGCAGCGACUUUGGCAAGAACGGGGUCGUGGAACCCCUUGUGGGCUACCUUAAGUCGGAUGACUCCGCUGUCCAGUGUGCGACUGCCAAAGCUCUCUAUCAACUUAGCCGGCAUCCAGAGAACUGCGUCGUUAUGCAUGCCGCUGGGGCCGUCAAAUACCUCGUGGAGUUGAUUGGUUCGUCGAAUACUGAACUUCAAGAAGCAGCAUCAUUGUGCAUUGCCAAUAUUAGGCGCAUCGCUCUUGCUCAUGAAAAGGCAAAUCAGAAUAGUAAGGCGAAGGCGUACAAGGCGUACAACCGUCAAUUGACCAUGCAGAAUUCAGAUUCACCAAAGAACUCUGUUCAGGUUCAUGACCGUGCAGCAGACAGCAAUGGGUCUGGAUACGUUGCCGCCAACAGUACGGCCAACAACGACAUUGAGGAAUCAGGUGCUCCGUGCAGUGUAAACGAACCUGCCCGCUCAGCAUAA